GUUAAGAAUUGUAUGAAUAAAAAAAUUUUAUUAUUGCUGUUAUUGUUUAUUGGUGCAGUAGUUUGUGCUCUUAACUACGUAGAUUUAACAUAAUUAUGCCUGUAAGAUUUUAAAGAUAUUCCUAGUAUUAUCUCGGUUUUUAUGUUAAUUUUGUAGUUAAGUGUUGUUAUUCAAUUAAAAUAAAUGAUGGGAUAAACAUUUUAAUGUGAAAUUUUAAUUCGUUCAUCACGAACAAUUAUCUAUAAAAUGGAAAAGUUUGCUGUUGAUUUGGAUAAAGUACUCGAUGAGUUUGAGUUUAAUGAAGAAAGGGAACAACUCCAAGCAUCUAUUUCAAAUGGGCAAUCUAAUAUUGUAUUGGAAGCACAAGCACAAGUCCCCAUUUCUGGAAAAAUGUUACCAGCUGCUAGUUAUCGUCGCCCUGCAUUUGAACCCAUCAAUUUAGCUGAUGCUGAUUUUGGUGUAGAGCCAACUACCUCGUCGGCUAAUUCUGAUUUUUUACAAAAUGGGUUUAUUAAAUCUAUCGAACCAGAAGAAGUUGCACCACUCUUGGAUAUUGAUUUUACUUCAAAUGAAAAUACAGUCAAUAAUAUUUUAGACAUAAUUGAUGAAUACCAAUACAAACCAUUUAAUUCAAAUGUACCACCAGACCCUUAUGAUGAUGAAGACAUUUUAAAAGACUUAAGACCAGAUUUAUUAGAAUCAUAUGAUUCAGCUAAAGAAAGUGACAAAAACCAUUCAAUUGAUAAUGUCCAAAGGUUACCAGAUGUUGCAUCUUGUCCUGUAUUGAUUACCUCACCUGAUUCAUCAAAAGAUGACUGUACUAUAUCUAGUGAAUUACAGUCAUUAAAUACAUCAGAAAUUUAUGAUAUAGAUAGCACAAAUGCUGACUGUUCAGAUGUUGAACUUUAUAAAUGUCUUAGAGAAUAUGAAGAACCAGAAGACUUAUUGUCAGUGAAUUAUAAUGAUAGUAGUUCAGCUGAUGUUAUGACACCUCACUCUGAAUUUUCUGAUGAACUAAUUGCUGAAAAACCAUUAAUAUGUGAUGAUAGCUUGUCAGAAACAAAAGAUACAUUAUCAUCUGAAACUUCCAACGAUUUGCUAUCAAUUAAUAAUCAUGAUGAACCUCAAGAAAACAUAAAUGAACAAUUACCAUUGACUGAUGAAGAAAAAGCAAUACUUGAAGAAAUACUUGAGGACUCAUCAAAUUUAAAUGUUAGUUUUGAGGAAAAUAAAAUGUAUGAACAAUUAGAAAAUGAAAUGAAAGAAAAAAAUGUAGAUAUUGUUGAUGAGUGUGAAAUUACAAUAAAAAAAUCUCAAAAUAAUUUACAUGAGUACAGUGACAUUCCAGAUUUACCCAUUGUUCCUAAUUCAACUUUAGAAUUAGAAUCUCAAUGUGAUGAACCCAUUCAAACUGAUAACCAUUUAACAGAAGAAUUGCUAGAAACAAACUCUAAUAAUGAAGUUAUAAUAGAAAAUAAUGAAAAUUUGUCAGAACCACUAAUUGAAACUAUAUUUCCUCCAGAAAAAGAUCCAACAGACUCAUUAUGCAGUAUUGAAUCAACUGAAACUAUAUUAUUAAAAGAUGAUAAUCAAUUGAGUAAUAAUACAGUAAGUGAUUCAUUAGAUUCCCAAAGUACUUGUUCCUUGCCAUCUGAAGUGAUUAAUAGUACUGUAGAAAAUGUAGAGGAAAGUCGCAUACAACGACCUAGUACACUUGAUUUAAAUGGAACAACAAAUUGUGAAACUGAAUUAACAUCUACUUUAAGUACAGACUCAGAUUGUGUAUUAUCACUGAUUGAACGUCGACUUGGCAAGUUACAACCGUAUUGGGUACCAGAUGAAGCAGCAAAAAGCUGUAUGCGAUGUCAAUUAAAGUUUACUGUUGUUAAACGCAGACAUCAUUGUAGAGCUUGUGGAGAAGUUUUAUGUUCAAAGUGUUGUAAUUUACGAGCUCGUCUGUCAUAUAUGAACAAUAAUGAGGGACGAGUAUGCCAGCAAUGUUUUAAUACACUUGCUAGGGCAUCUCAAGUUGAACAAAAAGUGGCCACAAUUAAACAUCCAAAUCCAAAUAACCCUAUGGAGUAUUGUUCAACAGUUCCACCAUUACAACAAGUAGUUGAUUCAAAAAAUCAACCUGUGCCAUCCGUUUUAGUUCCUGUAAGCGUACUCAAAAGAGAAGGACGUGUGAAAUCAGAUAUCCCUAAACAAGUAAUGUUUAGUGAUGGUAUUCGACCUGGUGGAGAUUUAACUGAACUAGAUGGAUCAUCUGAAAGGAUUUUACCAAUACGACGACAAUCUCGAUCUUUAAAGAAGCUCAGUCCUACUGUUAACAAUGUUAUUUCUGCUAAUAGGAGGCCACUAAAUUCUCAAACACAAAGUUACAUACCUAAUAUUGGUUUACCGCCUGCAGCUAAGAAAGAUCAAGGUGAAUUGAUAUUUGAUGAUACUGAACGCCCAAUAGCCUUAAAUGAUGCUGAAACUAUGUUUGCUAUCAACCCAAAUUUAUUUCUUUAUGUUAAGAAAGUUUAUUUGGAUUGUUGUGUUAAACGAGAAACUUGGUGUAUGAGUACUGAAGGCCUUGCAUGUGUUGGUCAAGAUGAAGUAGUAAUAUUAUUGGAAACGCUUCCAAAUGAAAAACAUCCACCCCGUGAUAUAUUUUUAUUCAUAAAUAAUCUAUAUAAAAAUGCUUCAAUAGGCGUAACUGUAAGUGACAUGUCAUUCACGGCGCCAGUUAAUUCUACUUUAUUGGAUUCCAACAAUCAUGGAGGAUUUUUAUUUGUAAGACAAACAUAUCAGUGUAUGCAAAAAUUACGUUUACCAUCACCCCCAUAUUUGUUUGCUUUACUUGUUCAUCAAUAUGAAACACCUUGGGCCAAAAUGUUCCCUAUUCGUUUGAUGUUACGACUAGGAGCAGAAUAUCGAUAUUAUCCUUGUAUGUUAGUGUCCAUUAGAAAUCGAUCAUCUUUAUACACAGAAAUUGGUCAGACUGUCAUUAAACUUUUAGUAGAUUUUAGACAGUAUUCAUAUGGCCUACCAACUGUUAAAGGCUGCUAUAUACAUAUGGAUGAAAAACAAAUCAUGGUGCUAUUACCUCGAAACAGAUAUGAUCAAGUUUCAAGAUUAGUACUGGCAUCAAACCGAGGUCUCUUAGCAUUUGGUGCUAAUUUCAGUGCAAUUGCUGAUUCACAUUUAGUAUGUGUUCAGUCAACCAAAGAUGAUGGAAAUUACAACACCCAAGCCAUUAAUAUACACAAUAAACCGAGGCAAAUUACGGGUGCAAGUUUUAUUGCCCUUAAUGGAGAUGUUGAAGAUGAGGCUGGUACAAGAUGGCGUAUAGUAGAAGACGGAGUUAUGGUUGAAAUGUCAUCACAAAAAAUGGUAUUAUUGCGUGAUGCUCUUCGUACAAUGAAAGAUUUUGAAUUAUUAUGUGGAACUAAUGAUGAGCAAACAGUAAUAUUCCAUUGGACAGAAGAUGAUGUUAAUUUUAACAUUGGAGUUAAAAGUUGUAUUGAUGGCAAGCCAUUAGAUGGUGUAUACUCUAUUAGAGUGCAUAACGGAAUCGACUAUUCAGGGAAAAGACGUUUUAUUAGAUGGACAGAAGUUUUUGUUAUACAAUGUGAAGAAACAUCAGAUCGCGUUGAUGAACCUCUGGAUACUAGUAGAACUGCUGAAUCUAUAUCCAAGGCAACAUGUACUGCUUUAGUACCACUUUUAGAUUUAUUAUCUGCAGCUUCAUUGACUCCACUUGCUUUACGUAUUAUUAUUAAUCCAGAUUCGGUUGGAUAUGAAGCUGGAAGCGGAGAAAGUAAACUUCCUCCAAUAUAUAUGCAAAGUUUGGAUGAACAUCUUGUUCCAGUAGUGAAUGCAAUAGCAAUUAAAGCACAACAGUCGUCGGUAAUUUUGGAAUUGGUGUUUAGAGUUAUGGAACAUUAAACAAGAUAUUUAUUCCAUAGUGUAAUCAUAUUUUACCCUUUUAAAUGUGUAUUAUUCUUUGUUAAAUUAAACUACAUAUUUUUUCUUGACUGUUUAUCUAUCAAAUAUCCCAACACAUAAUUAUAUAUAAAUAUAUAUUUUUUAUUUUGUUUUAUUAUCA